AACAGCUGCCUGACUGGAAGCUACCACUCUGUCACCACAGGGGCCGCCACACUCACUGGCCCAGGGAGCACAGCAGUCUUUUGAAGACGCAUGCUUCCUUUCUCCCCCCAUGUUCUUUCACAGUGGACUGGCCCUGAUGUAGACGGCAUGGGGGAGAGUGAGAGUGCGAGCUAGGCAGCACUCUGGAAGCCAGCUGAUCAUUGCUGUGGUAUUCUGACUGCCACAGAGGCAGAGAGAGAGGGAGCGUGACAGACAGUAAGAGAGAGGGCGAGACGGAGCAAGAGAAGGCGAGAGCACUGGAAGCCUCUUUCUAUUCCGUCACCCUCUGAGAAAAGGUUGCCAAACAGAACAUCAACAGCAGAGUGGAAGGAGCGCCUUCAGGGGAAACUGACUAACAUGAAGAAGAGAACAGCCAGGAGGAGCUACUACUAAGAUGUGAAGAACAACUGGUGGUUUAUUUUUGCCAUCUUUAAUAGGGAGAGAAGAAGAUAGAAACAACUGGUUAACCAUUGACGACAACUCAAACAGAUAGGGUCUAUUCAGACACUACAGUACGGAUUUUGUCUAUCUAGACACAACGCAAGAAGAUAGUGUCUACGCUAUUCAGACCAAGGGAGGAAGCCGAAAACAGUGCCAAGGAGAAUGUCUUGGCUGUCGCCCGUGUCUUGGGCCAAGUGGACGUGGACGGCAGUCCGGGGAGCAGGGGAGGGAGAGGACGGUGAGGAGGAGGAGGAGGAGGGCCAGGGGGUGAAGGAGAAGGAUGGACGGCUGUCCCUUGGAGGGAAGCGAGAGGAAGAGGAGGAAGAUGGAUCUCAAGGGUGCAGUUCGGACUCAGAGGGCCACUUUGCGACCCCAGAGGCUCAGAGUCCUGUCCACGCUCCACUCAGUGUCCCAGGAGAGCUGGAGAACCUCGCCACUGACAGAGCAGACACCCUGGAGGAGGAGGAUGAACAGCUGAUGGUGUCUGGCCUAGCCGGGGAUCCAGCUCAUAGCCUCUUUAACCAGAACAUGGGCCAGGCUGAGCCCCCCUUGGCUCCUGAGGAGGAGGCCCCCGUGGACCCUAGGGAGGAGGCCCCCAUGGACCCUAAGAAGGGGCCCCAAAUGCUUCCCAACACAGAUACUGCCGAGGUUCAACCCUCCACUGCAGACCCACCAGCACAUGCCAAUGGAGAAGCAAUGACCAGUCCUGCUCUGAACUUAGGUCUACCUGAUGAGAGGCCAAAUGCUACCUCUCUGGACUUAGGCCUAACUGAGGAGAAGCCACUGGCUACUUCUCUGGACUUAGAUCAACCUGAGGAAGAGAGGCCACUGUCCAGCAGCACAGAGCCAGUUUGUAAUGGACACCCCAUUGAGACCAUCUCUGAACCGCAGGCCAAACUCACUAAAAUCCCUAAAACCAAGCCCCCUUCCCUGAAGAUAAAGGGAGCCCUGAGCGAGGCUAGCACACAGGGGGACGGGGACACUGACAUCAUCACAAUCCCUAAGGCUAGCUACAACUUCGACCCGGACCAGUUUGACGACAGCUUUAACCCGUUCGCCACUGGAGGCUCCAAGAUACAGAACUCCCCCCCAGCUUUUGCAGCCGAUGCCCUGCCCACACUUGAGACGUUACCUGUAAGUAGCUCCUUUCCCAAACUGGAGCCUUUGCCUGUACGUAGCUCUUCUCCGCCGCUUUGUGGGACUAGUUCCUCACCUAAAAUGGAGGUUGAGGAGGUCAAAGAGUUAUCGUCGGAGGCAUCAGAGGAGCCCAAGCCUGUGAAGAUGGAGUUUGGGUUAGACGAGGCAGGCGAGGUAAAAAAAACACAGCCAAGGAGGCUGGGUAAAAAGCCUGGCAGCAAGCUCGCCGCCAAGAAACCAAAGGCCAAAGCAACAACGACUGCACCUGCCCCGACGCCGACACCCGAACCAGUCGUAGCUGAACCGGUAGCAGAGCCAGUUUCAGAAACCGCUUCUGAGCUGCUUUCCGUGCCAGGUGCCUCCUUAAGUUUGGAUGACGUUCCAAUUCCCAAGUCCACUUAUAAGUUUGACCCCAACCAGUGGGAUGACCCUAAUUUUAACCCCUUUGGGGGUGGUGGUUGCAAAAUGAGCAGUUCCCCAGUUCUGCCCAAAGGAUCCUACAGCUUUGAUCCUCAGAACUUUGACGACUCAGCGGAACCCUUUAAGCCAUCUAAAGCCCUGGGCAGUGAAAACCCAACUUCCCAGGAUACCCCUGCGAGGCCAGCAGAGGAAGCAGUGAAACCAAAGCUGGAUCCCCCUCUGGAGGAGGAGAAGAAAACGCGCCAGCCUCCAAAGAAAAGCAAGGACAGGAUCAUCAAGAAUUCUUGUAAGGUGAAGAAGUAUGAAAACCAGUCCCUGGUCCUGGAUGUCUGCAAUCAGGAAGAGGAUGUGGUGGUGUCCCAGGUCCAAGGAAUGCCCCGCCGUGUUCGCCAUGCCACCGAUGAGGAAAAGCUGGCUUGCAGUGGCAUCAUGGGCCAGAAAGCCAAGGAGGAGGCAGAGGUGGAGGUGGAGGAAGACUCAGCGUGUGCCAAAGGCCCAGCCAACCCAUCCAAUGUCAAAAGCCAGGCGCUGCUGGAUGGUCCACAGGCAAGGAUAACACACUGUAUGGAUGAGAAAGACAUUUGCACUUCGAGUGAAGAGCUGUCAAUCACCCCAGGGCCAAAGUUGAUUGGCUGUGAGGGUCACGAUGAUAAAGGCAGUCCUUCCUCCCUGGAGACCAUAUCGCAAAGUGAGAUGGACAAAGCAGCAGUGCUCACCUUGAUCAGAGAGGAGAUAAUCACUAAAGAGAUAGAAGCCAAUGAAUGGAAGAGAAAGUAUGAAGAAAGCCGCAUGGAGGUGUUAGAGAUGAGGAAAAUAGUGGCAGAGUACGAGAAAACCGUUGCACAGAUGAUUGAGGACGAGCAGCACAAGAGGAGUGUCCUGGGCUCCCAGAAGAGCGUCCAGCAGGUGAUCCUGGAGCGGGACCAGGCCCUGGCUGACCUCAACUCCGUGGAGCGCUCACUCUCUGACCUCUUCAGACGCUACGAGAACAUGAAGACCGUCCUGGAAGGCUUUAAGAAGAAUGAAGAGGUGCUGAAGAAGUGUGCCCAGGAGUACCUGGUCCGCGUCAGACAGGAAGAACAGAGAUACCACACACUCAAGAUCCACGCAGAGGAAAAACUAGACAAAGCAAAUGAAGAUAUCGCCCAAGUGCGCUCCAGGGCCGACUCAGAGAGUGUGGCUCUUCAUGCCAGCCUGAGGAAGGAGCAGAUGAAGGUGGACUCUUUGGAGAGAGCCCUCCAUCAGAAGAACCAAGAAAUUGAGGAGCUCACGAAAAUCUGUGACGAACUAAUAGCAAAGCUCGGAACAUUAGACUGAUACCUGAUAUCAUGAACUUUGGAGUUCUUGGAUGUACUGUUCCAACAACAACUCUCCGCUCUGCCUUACCGUUGCAGCCAAGGCCUAACCAUCCCCACCACUAGUAAACGACUGUCCACACAUCAACACAAUCUGAACCCGUCUCUGCCACUAUUACUUACACACACAGGGAGUGACGGCACUAUUCUAUGUUUUUUAUGAUCAAUUAAAGUAUUGAUGUGGCAAAUUGUAAUGUGCAUGUGCAGCUGUUAUACGCAUGUAGGGCCAAAUCGUAACUUUUCAAUAAAUAAAGCAUAGUAUGGACAUUACUGUCGAUUUCUCCCUGUCGUGGGGCUAUGUGAGGGAUCUGCUUGUAACCUGUUGCGUUGCGUACUGUGGGGUGUUUGUAAAGUAUGUUCCACGUCAUGGAUUAUCACUUUUGAAGAAAGAGACAGAGACGUAUGAUCCAGAAAGGGUUUGGGGGACAUUCUUCUGCUGAUACAGGGAAAGAGAUCAACAAUCAAUCAGUUGGUGGCUCUCGUUUUGCAAUCACUUGCGUUCCACGGGUUUAGACUUUACUCAAUCAUUCUGCUGCUAUUCUAGUAACUACUAGAGAUGGAGAGCGAUCCAUUUAUCGUUUUAUAGAGUUACCGUUUCGAUCUACUCUCAUUUUAUCUUCUAUUGUUUUGUACCUUUCUUUAGGUAGGACAUGCUUUUAGCGGUAUGCUAGUAUACGUUUUUUUUAACCGAUCAAGGGAUUGCACAUUUAUUUUAAUACCUAUGUAGCUUCUUGUUAUUUGAUAUCAACUUCAAACUGCAGUUUGUGGUCGAUGCUCUAGAUCUUUGUAGCUCCAUGAGAUAUACUCUAUAUACCUUUAUUAAUUAUUAUUAUAAUUUGAAGGCAAAGCACACGUUUCAUGUCUACAGCAUAUGUUAAAGUAUCUUUGUUUGCUCAUGUCUGUUAUCACCACAUGUCUGGAGGAGGUGCUUGGUUUUCUGUAUUAACAAUGCAACAUUAUUUGGAAAGACUCUUGUUACCGUAUUUGUUGUUUGAACAAAUAUGUUUCGUUAUAUAGACAAUAUAGGCUUUAAUCCAUAUUCCUUGUGUCUUACCCCUUAGCUCAUGUAGCUGAACAAAAGAGCACUAUGACAAGAAUAUCUUAACAAAUCCAUCAACGGAGUAGUGACAUAUCCUGUUUAUAAUUGUACUUUUUGCUCUCUUUAAGAAUCGUUUGAAACUGACAUGUUUUGUUUUCUUCUUUCCUUUAGCUAGACACAGCAUAGGGAGCUGUGGUUGUAAGCUUGGCUUUCUGCAGUGCAGCCACAGUUAAGUUUCUCUCCAGACCUUUGGAAAACAGGACAAAUAUUUUCUACCAUCUCCAUAAUACUUGUGUUGCCAAAUCUUUCCCUUGCCCUCAAAGGCCAUCACUGUUAAUGUUGUAGGCUCUGAGAAUAACUUUUCCAGAAAACACUAAUUAUUAUGACAUCUGUAAACUAUAUACUAAUGCAGAUGUGGAUUCUUGUUUAGAUAGAUGUUCUCAGAGUGAACAAAAAGCUAACUGGUGGCCAAACAGCACAACGACUAGUUCCUUUAAUGUUAUGGUAAACUGUAGGACUGGUUCCUUUCAACAUUUAGGACUACAAGGACCUACAGUACAGUAUGUGGACAUGGAACUGUCCCCAAGCCCACUUUAGGUGCUGCCUACCUGAGUCAUAGUUUGGGAGCCAUUGCCUUAUCAUUCCUGUUUCAUGAAUCAUCAUCAUCCUCCUCAUCAUCAUCAGUACCUUCAACUGCCAAAUGUUAUUAUUGUGCCAAAUAAAGGGGUUUCAGGAGGAGGUAUCAUGACUUAAAGGUCUGACUUUGAAGUUGCUUGUCAUUCUAUCACUGCAGUAUCUGUACAUUUUAUAUUGUAUGAAAAUAAUAUAAUUUUAUUGGAUUGUUCAUACAGUAUUUGUAAAGUAGAGGAAUGAAACGUGCACAGAUUCUAUGAUGUUACUGAUUGUUAUAUAUAUAUUUUGUGCAGAAGGCAUUUCCUGAAUAAAAGUGAUCAUUAUUGUGAA